AUGUAUCCGACGAUACCUAGCUAUGAUCAAUGGCAGAUUGGGAAAUCGAAAAAGAAGGAUCUGGAUACGCAGUUUAUUGCGAGCAAUACGUUUAUGCAGGUCCUCCAAGAUCUAGUCGGCCUUCAGUCUCGCCUCGACGCCACGAUAUCGAAAGAAAAGGAUGACAAUGGGUCUGCUGAAGAUGCUGGGUUCAAAUAUUUUGACAUGCUGAUCAACAACAGGAUUCGUGAAGGGAAACCAGUGCCUGAAAAAUCGAAA